AUGAACCAAGAGAAGUACAAUCCAGUGAAUCACUGUAAGAUAAUCAGACGCCGCACACACUCAUCGACGACCUCCUUAACGUAUGUAGGAGGAAAAUCAGAGAUGCUUCCCAUCGAUCUCAUCAUCGAGAUACUCCAGAGAUUACCAGCAAAAACCAUUGCGAAAUUGCGUUGCGUCUCGAAGCAAUGGGGUUCCUUACUUAGCAAUCCAGAUUUCACGAAAUCAUUCCUGUCAUGUUCGUCAACUCGGCCACGUCUUCUGUUCACGUUCGAAUUUGGCGGCAAGUGGCAUUUCUUCUCGUCCCCUCAGCCUCGAAAUGUCGAUGAGCAGAUUGUAAUAGCAGAUUAUCAUAUGGGUUUCUCUGGAGAUUGGUACAAGGAAACUUGUCAGUCCGCCAAUGGGUUUAUCUAUCUUUACGAUAAGCAGAUGUUUAAGGGACAAAUUGAAAGGGUUCCUGUGAUAUGUAACCCUAGCACAGGUCAGCAGGUACAUUUACCUAUAGUGAGAGCCAAGAAUAACGACUUGAGAAUCUUUUUGGGGUAUGAUCCGAUCGAGAAUGAAUUCAAGGUUUUGUGCAUGACCGUGGCGAAGUAUAAUAAACAAACUAACUCCAGAGAACAUAAAGUUUUGAUGUUAAGGAAAGGAAAACCAUCAUGGAGAAAAAUCAAAUGUUUGUUUUCGCAUUUUCCUGAGAAUUACAAAAAUGGGAUAUGCAUCAACGGGAUUUUGUAUUACAUAGCUAGGAGCAAUUUGAAUACAGUGAUAGCUUGCUUUGAUGUUAAGUAUGAGAAAUUUAGGUUUAUACAAAUAGAUGAAGAGAGCUCUAUGUUGACUUUCUUGACGUUGAUAAAUUACAAGGGAAAGUUAGCUGCCCUAGUCUUUGAUCAAAGUCGCCAUGAUCAGUUAUGGGUUCUAGAUGAUCCUGAGAAUGAGAAAUGGUCGAAGCAUAUCUUUCAUUUGCCAACUGCCGCUUUUGUGGUCAUAAGAUCAAUUUGGGCAACUGAUUCAGGUGAGAUUGUUUGGGCGCCAAGUCGUUGGACCUAUCCAUUCUAUGUCUUCUACUACAAUUUGGAGAGACAGAGUGUUAGAAGAGUUGAGAUCAAAGGAAUUGAAGAGAAGGCGUUGAUGGGUCAUUAUCGCCCUGAAGCAAUAUUCACCUUCACAAACCAUGUUGAGAAUGUGAUGUUUCUGUAA